GAGUUGGGGGGAUACAGUUGUUUCUUCUUCCAUCAAAGGCAAGAAAAUGUUGAUGAGAUUAUCUUCUCCUUUCGCACCCAAAUUCAAUCCUCCCGCGAAGACCACGAUCCGGCCACGAGAUACAAAUACGCGGAUCAAGGAUCUAUCUGCGAUCACCAAUCAUCACCCAAACCUGUAGAAAAGUCAACAUUCUGAUUACAGACAUUGCAAAUUGCGCUUGAUUUUGGGAUGGGGAGGGUUGUGGUGAUUUUGACGACAGCCGCGGCGGUUGUGGCUUGUUCGGUGGCGACGGUGAUGGUGAGGAGGAGGGUGAAACGUCGGAGGAAGUGGAGGAAGGUGGUGGGGCUAUUGAAGGAAUUGGAGGAAUCGUUUGAGACGCCGUUGGGGAGGUUGAGGCAGAUGGUGGAUGCUAUAGCUGUUGAGAUGCAAGCUGGUUUGGUCUCUGAAGGAGGGUCUAAGCUUAAAAUGCUCCUCACUUUCGUCGAUGAUCUUCCUAAUGGGAGUGAGAGAGGAACUUAUUACGCACUUCAUCUUGGAGGCUCUUACUUUAGGAUUAUAAGAGUUCAUUUGGGUGGCCAAAGGUCGUCUCUUGAAGUUCAAGAUAUCGAAAGACACAGCAUACCGACCUCUUUGUUGAAUAGCACCAGCGAGGUUCUCUUCGACUUUCUCGCAUCAUCUUUGCAGAGGUUUAUUGAGAAAGAAGGACACGAGUCCAUUUCUUCACAAGAUGUGAAAAGGGAACUUGCGUUUACUUUUUCUUUCCCAGUUAAGCAAACCUCCCUCUCUUCAGGAGUUCUCAUCAAAUGGACCAAAGGUUUUGCAAUUAGUGAAAUGGCUGGGGAAGAUAUUGCUGAAUGUCUACAAGGAGCGGUGGACAGGAGAGGGCUGGAUAUACACGUCGCAGCUCUUGUGAAUGAUACAGUUGGGGCCCUGUCCUAUGGACAUUAUCAUGACCCAGACACGAUUGCCGCUGUUGUAUUUGGAACAGGUAGUAAUGCUUGUUACCUCGAACGCACUGAUGCAAUAAUCAAGUGUCAGAAUCCGCGCACAACUUCUGGAAGCAUGGUGGUGAACAUGGAGUGGGGAAACUUUUGGUCAUCUCGUCUUCCAAGAACUUCAUAUGACAUUGAGUUGGAUGCAGAGAGUUUGAAUUCAAAUGACAUGGGAUUUGAGAAGAUGAUAGGAGGGAUGUAUCUGGGCGACAUUGUCCGCAGAGUAAUUCUUCGUAUGUCACAAGAGUCUGACAUCUUUGGACCCAUCUCAUCCAUUUUAUCGACGCCUUUUGUUCUAAGAACAAAUUCAGUCUCAGCAAUGCACGAAGAUGACACACCCGAGUUACAUGAAGUAGCAACAAUCUUGAAACAUUUAGGGGUAUCGAAGGUACCACUGAAGGUGAGGAAACUUGUAGUGAAGAUAUGCGAUGUAGUGACACGCAGAGCUGCUAGGCUAGCAGCAGCAGGAAUCUCAGGAAUCUUGAAGAAACUGGGGAGAGAUGGGAGCGUAGGAGAAGGAAGAAGAAGAAGUAGCGAUAAGCAGAUGAUGAGAAGGACAGUGGUGGCAGUAGAAGGUGGUCUCUAUUCGAAUUAUAGGAUGUUCAGAGAAUACAUGGACGAAGCUUUGAGAGAUAUAUUGGGAGAAGACGUGGCUCGACAAGUAGUGAUUAAGGCCAUGGAAGAUGGCUCGAGCAUCGGCUCUGCAUUGUUGCUGGCUUCAUCUCAUAGCGUUCGAACCAUAUCGAACAUAUGAAUAGUUGCGUAGUAGUUUAAGAAUGUAUAGUUAAUCGAUUGUUUCAGACGCAUGUAGGUAAAUAUUUUAGUCUCUUCUGCUCAUAAUUAUAUGACACUAACUAUUUAAUGGAAAACUAGAUUUUGACCCUUAGGUCAGGGUAUAUUUUUUGUUUUAAUUUGUUUGAUAA